AUGGCUUCGACGGCGGCGGACGCAGGCAGCAACGGCGAGGUGGUUGCCGUGGGCGACAAGAGCAACAAGAUGUUCACGCUGAUCAGCUCCGACGGCGAGAGCUUCGAGGUCACGGAGGAGGUGGGCAAGAUGUCGCAGACCAUCAAACACAUGAUCGAGGACGGCUGCGCCGACAACGGGAUCCCCCUCCCCAACGUCCCCGCCAAGACCCUCAGCAAGGUCAUCGAGUACUGCAACAAGCACGUCGUCGCUGCCGCUGCCGCUGCCGACGACGACAACAACAACGCCAGCGCCGGCGCGAAGGAGGACCUGAAGAGCUUCGACGCCAAGUUCAUCGCCGUGGACCAGGCGACGCUGUUCGACCUCAUCCUCGCCGCCAACUACCUGGACGUCAAGGGGCUCCUGGACCUGAGUUGCCAGACGGCGGCUGACAUGGUCAAGGGCCAGCCGGUCGAGGGCAUACGCAAGAUGUUCAACCUCGAGAACGACUUCACGCCGGAGGAAGAGGCGGAGAUCAGAAGGGAGAACCCCUGGGCGUUUGAUCUUUGA